GCACGCCAGUCGACAGGCAACGAGCAUGCUGUACCUAGUAUACAUACAUGGACAACAACAGUCCCGUAUAGUCAGUACCUCGCAACUGCACCCAGUGGAUACUAAUCUUUCGGCUGUGAUAGACCUCAAUCCUACGCAGAAUGCGCCUAUCGAGUUGUUCCUUCCUGCAAGGCCACGUAUCAGCUGAGUCACUAUGCACCUUCCAGAUCAAGUUCACCAGUUCAUCCCCGCAGGCUUAUCGUCGGACUUGAUAUGCAGUGCAACGGCGUUUGAGCAUCCUCACAUUAUCCUCCCAUUUGUUGUCAACACCGAGCCCCUUGGCCACCAAAAGCCCGAGCUUCUUUAAUUUCUAUUUUUGAUCCUCGUCCGGCCCUCAAUUGCUGUCACAACCCCGCGUUCAGCUCUACAGUCAGAAUAGACACUACGCGGACACACAUAUACAAAGCUCAACACACCAAUUGUACAGACCGCACGCAAUCAUGAUCAGCGUGCAAGCUCGAAGUUCCCUCACCAAGAUUCGUCAUCCACUAACCUCUCUACGCUCUCAGUCUUCCAUUGCUACCCCCUCCUCAAUUCUCUACACAAAGAUCAACUCUCCCCCGUCCAAAGUCAUCUCCAGCCGCGGCCACUACCUCGUCACCGAAGAUGGCCGGGAGAUCUUCGACGCAACAGGGGGUGCAGCCGUCGCCGCCCUCGGCCACAACCACCCGACCAUCAAGAGCGCCAUCACCCAGCAACUAGACGAAGUGGCGUACUGCUACUCGCCCUUCUUCACCACUCCGGCUGCCGAGCGCAUCGCAACCUUCCUCACUGAGUCCACGAAUGGAGAGAUGACCAAGACCUUCAUCGUUAGCUCCGGUACGGAAGCCAUCGAAGCAUCCAUCAAAAUCGCCCGGCAGUACCAUGUCGAACGUGGCCAGCCCCAGCGGACCCGGUUCAUCGCGCGGAGACAGUCCUACCACGGCAACACUCUGAGGGCGCUCGCGACGGGGUACCAUAAAGCCCGGAGAGCGGUGUAUGAGGACAUCCUGGCCAAGAAUGUCUCGCAUGUGUCGCCGUGCUAUGCGUACCGGGACAAGAGCCCUGGGGAGAACGACGAGAGCUAUGUUCAGCGGCUGGCGGACGAGUUGGAAAGCGAGUUUCAGGCCGUCGGACCGGACACAGUUUGUGCUUUUCUCGCGGAGACGAUCACCGGGGCUACCCUCGGUUGCGCCCCUCCUGUGCCGGGCUACUUUCCAGCGAUAAAGGCCGUAUGUGACCGCCACGGUGCCCUGCUGAUCAUGGACGAGGUCAUGUCGGGCAUGGGGCGUUCGGGGACUCUGCAUGCAUGGGAGCAGGAGGGUGUUGUUCCAGAUCUGCAGACAGUGGCCAAAGGUCUGGGGGCCGGGUACGCGCCUAUAGGGGCUCUGCUUGUGGGCAAGAAGGUGGUGGACGCUCUGGCCCAGGGCACUGGCGGUUUUGUGCACAGCCAGACGUAUCAGGGCCAUCCGGUCGCUUGUGCUGCUGCGUAUGCUGUGCAGACCCUGAUUCAAGAACAGAAUCUGCUGGACAAUGUCAGAGUCCAGGGGGACUACUUGGGGAGACUCCUGACAGAGCGCAUUGGAGAUCAUCCAAAUGUAGGGGAUGUCCGCGGUCGGGGACUGUUUUGGGGGAUCGAGUUUGUGACGGACAAGGAGACAAAGACACCCUUCCCCGUCGGUGAUCAGGUUGCGCAGACCGUGCAUUUGACGGGGUUGCAGGAUGAGCACUGCAUUUCCUUACUGCCCAGUAGCGGAAAUGUUGACGGGACUCAGGGCGAUGUUGUUCUGAUUGCUCCUGCAUAUAACAUCACCGCCCCCGAGGUGGAGGAUCUUGUGGAUAGGGUCGAGAAGGUCAUCGAGUCGGUAUUCGAUCAGCAUUGACUCACCUGUGCAAGUGCCGCUUGCGUUGUGUCUGCAGUCCUGUAACCAACCUACCAUAAUCAUAUUAUUAACUGGCUUGCUAAGCAACUUGGAAUACGACCCCUGAAAUAUCCUACCAGUAAGACCGCGUCACCACGGCUUGAAAAGACUCAAGUCUAUAGGACUUGUUCAGCCAUCUCCAGGACAGCAACCUGGGUUCUUCUCAUCGCAUGACACUUCCACCAUCCACCCUCAAUCUCCACCUCGAUAUCAGCCUCAGCGGGCGUGGCUUUUGUAGGACGAUUGAUAUUUUUCUCAAGGCCGUGGUGGAAUGCGAGAGGCAUGGUGCAAGUUUGCCGAUCCGCGAACAGAAGGUAUCGUAUCACUCAACCACAGAAUCGAGAGAGUUGCACAAAGCGACAGGGAUCUUGCUAUUCGCGUUCUUAGCUAUCUGAGAGCACCGGAUGAUACGCUGCUCACGGAGGUGCGCGCACCUGACACU